AUGACCCGCGACACAGAUUCUCCUGAUAUUGUUACACUCUUCUCAAAAUGCAUUGUCUACUUGGACACACUUAUCCGCGAAACAAAGGACCCGGCAUACAACUUAAAAGACUUUCCUUCAGAACAAGAUAUCCGGGAUGUUCGCCAGGAACUUAACCAGUGGGGUAUAACAUACGGAGCAAAUCGUAGUAUAUCUUCUACUUUGUCACUCGAUUACAAGUUUCGAAAACAUGACUAUACCAGAUCUACGUUACAAUCACAGCUUGGGCAUUUGGUCGAAGAUCUAGAGGGUCUCCAGAAGCUAUAUAAAGGAGAAAGUUAUCAGGGUGAGGCAAAAGUGGUAUUUGGCAGGGUCGAAAGUGUGGUCAAUGAGUUGAUACGCUUUUUGGGGCAUCUUCCAAAGGAGCUAUGGCUUGAACUGGAGAGAUGA